AUGUUUAAAAUAAUACAAUUUAAUAAUUUACUCAAUGUUGGCACAAAGUAUAGUUCCCGUUAUAUGUCCAUAUGUGCUAAGUCACUAAAAUAUUCCGAAUAUGGUGAACCCGGUGAUGUUUUGAAAUUGGUUGAGGAAAAAAUAGACAGUCCCAAAAACAAGCAGGUCUUGGUGAAAAUAUUGGCCGCUCCUAUUAAUCCUGCCGAUAUUAAUACAAUACAAGGAAAAUAUCCCGUUAAACCAAAAUUCCCUGCCACUGCCGGUAAUGAAUGUGUCGCAGAGGUAAUUGAAGUCGGUGAUGCCGUUCAAAAGCUACAAAAAGGCCAACAUGUUGUUCCAUUUGUUACUGGCAUCGGCACCUGGACAACUCAUGCUCUCUACACUGAAGACCAACUUAUGCCCAUAUCAAAUGAUAUUGGUCUAGCUGAGGCGGCCACUAUAACCGUGAAUCCUUGUACUGCAUAUCGCAUGCUUAAGGAUUUCGUAAAAUUGUCACCCGGCGAAACUGUUAUACAGAAUGGUGCAAACAGUGGUGUGGGACAAGCUGUACAUCAACUAUGUAAAGCAUGGAACCUCAAGUCCGUGGGUGUGGUUAGAGAUCGUCCUGACAUCAAUGGCCUCAAGGACCACUUACGUAGUUUGGGUGCAACUGAGGUACUCACCGAAGAAGAGUUACGCACCACAACCCUAUUCAAAAGUGGUAGCUUACCUAAGCCACGUUUAGCUCUUAAUUGUGUUGGUGGUAAAAGUGCCACAGAAGUUGGACGUCAAUUGGCUGAUAAAGGAGUGCAUGUAACUUAUGGUGGUAUGUCAAGGGAACCCGUAAUUGCCGCCACAGCUGCUCUGAUCUUUAAGGAUAUAUCAUUUCAUGGUUUCUGGAUGACUCGUUGGAGCAAAGAGAAUGCCCAGUCCGAGGAACGUAUGCGAAUGUUUGCUGAAUUGUGUGAUUUAAUGUUGCAAAAGAAAUUUGUCGGCCCUGUACAUGAGCUGGUGCCAUUGGAACAAUUUAAAGAAGCCACAGCUGCGGCCUUGAAUUUCAAAGGUUUCACGGGAAAGAAAUAUAUUUUGGAUAUGAGGAACUAA